GAUCUUUCUCUUUAUCCAGCUGUUCAUAAUUUUGGAAAAUCUUUGAAAAUUUUGAUUUAUUAAUUAUUUCUAAGAGUAAAAAUAUUCUAGAUAGAUUAUUUCGAAUAUACAAAAAACAAUAUUCCAUAUUCAAAUCGAUUUCGAAUAUGUAUCCUACCUAUUAUAGAAAAAUUUUCAAAUGGCAACCCUGAUACAAUAUGGCAUUUCCUUUAGUUCACUAAUCGUGGCCGUGUACUUUUGCAUGUGAAAGCAUUUACAAUUUCAUCGCAGCCAUGGUUCGAAUGAACGUGCUCAGUUGCGCCCUUAAAUCAAUCAACAAUGCCGAAAAGAGAGGCAAGCGCCAGGUGCUAAUCAGGCCGUCCUCAAAGGUCAUCAUCAAGUUUCUCACAGUCAUGAUGAAGCAUGGCUACAUCGGAGAAUUUGAAAUCGUAGACGACCACAGAUCAGGCAAGAUCGUUGUUAAUCUGACCGGCAGACUGAACAAAUGUGGUGUCAUUUCACCCAGGUUUGACGUUCCAAUCAGACAUAUUGAAAAGUGGACAAAUAACCUCCUGCCAUCAAGACAGUUCGGUUAUGUUGUAUUGACAACUAGCGGCGGUAUUAUGGAUCACGAAGAGGCGAGGCGAAAACAUUUAGGAGGAAAGAUUCUCGGUUUCUUCUUCUAAGUUAUGUUUUACAUAAAAAACCAAUAAAAAAUCGUUUCUCAUAAA